AUGGCGGACACCCAGGAUCCCCUGAUAUGGGAUCUUGAAUCUGCCAUCGGUCUACUCAAGAACCUCUCCCUCAAGUCCCAGGACAUUCCUCCAACUCCUUUGUCUCUCGUUGCGACCUUCGACGGAGCUCAGGAUCAUGAAUCAACCAGCCCGUCACUUGGUGACUUCAGCAGUCUUUGGGACUUCCUUGGUCGCCCCCACGCUGCUGAUGAACAACAAGCUGCUGAGCUGGUAAAAUAUCAAAUCAACGACGAGCCGAUCGCUGAGGUCGACCUCAACCAGCUGAACAAAGGGGUUCGGUGGCGAGACGAAGUUGAUGGAGCGGAUUUGGAAGACAAUGUUGAGCCCGCCAAGGCCACAGCAUCAUACAUACGCAACAAGAAGCGUGCCGAAAGAAGGGCACGCGCAAAAGAAAGAGCGGAGAAGCUCGCCGCUCAGAAAAAGUCCACGUCGGAUUCAACUGACCUCGAAUCGGGAGAGGAACUGGAGUCUUUGAGAAGAUCCCCAGACCGAAGAGCGGUCAUAGACGACAUCCUUGGUCGCUCAAGGCCUUCAGUGCGAGAGACUUCUCCGCCGACCUCACCAUCACCCCCCAAGAGUGAAAUCAGAACACCAAAACGAGAGUAUCCGAUCUCCCAUCCGUUUCUCUGGCAGGACCCUGACAACAAAUCACCCUUUAAACGGACGUCCAUAGCUCCACGCGAUGGCCGUUCUCUACGACAACGAAAGCAAGCACUCAUUACCGAACUAUCCCGUCAGUUCCCUGACGAGAAGAAGUACCUAAAGAAUCCAGGUUUGCUUGAACCAGCAUUUACUCCUUUGAAUGUUUCCAGCAUUGGCAUCCACGUCUUUGUUGAUGUGUCGAACAUCUCUAUCGGCUUCCACGACUGCUUAAAAGUAGCUCGUGGCAUGCCGCGAGACACGCGCUUGAAGCGUGUCCCACUAUCCUUUCAUAAUUUCUCUCUCGUACUUGAACGAGGCCGUCCAGCCGCCAAGCGCGUCCUGGUUGGGUCGGACAAGUACGCCGCGAUCCAGCAGGCCAAGUCGAUUGGCUACGAAACCAACAUUCUUGAACGUGUGCACAAGGCCAAGGAGCUGACGCCGCGACAGCGGAAGUAUCAGUCCGGGGAGACGAGUGGCUCUGAGACGAACAACUCUCUCUCGAUGCCGACACACGCGGCUGAGAAAUGGGUCGAACAGGCCGUGGACGAAAUUCUACACCUGAAGAUCCUCGAAUCGUUAAUCGAUGCCGAGAGACCCAGCACGAUUGUUCUUGCUACAGGCGACGCAGCCGAGGCUGAAUACUCGGGUGGGUUUCUUCGCAUGGUUGAACGUGCAUUGGAAAAGGGAUGGUCGGUUGAGCUGGUUAGUUUCAAAUUGAACACCAGCAGUUUGUAUAAGAGGAAAGAAUUUCGACAGAAGUGGGGACCCAUGUUCAAAUGGGUCGAGUUGGAUCCCUUUGUUGAAUACUUGAUUGAUGAAGAGGAUGAUUAA